GUUUUCAGCUGUAAAUAAAACGGUCAGUGUUUUCACCUACAGACUCAGAGGCUAGCUACACUUCUGUACUUUGGAGUAUUUGGUACUAAUUCCCCCACUGACCCGGUCAUUGUGCACCGGUGAAAAACUGAACAGAUACCAAUCAGAAAGUGGGCGGGACAUUAGGGACAUUGGGAUUUCAGCCAAGCAGCGCCACGUCUGUCAGUAGCAUGCCUGGCACUAACCUGUUACCCGGGCUGGUGCCCAGGCUGACUCAUAGAGCUGUGUUGACUUUGUCCUUUGGCAGUUUUUGCAGUUGGUCCUGACGGAGCUCAGACUGAAUGCAAGAGCAGCUGUUUAGCGUCAUCUGAAGGACCGACAUGAAGCUGCUGGACGAGCGGAUCUGGACGCUGUUUAAGCGCCACUGGCCUCAAACUCUCACCUACUGGAGUGUGUUCUUUAGCUUCGGUCUGUGCAUCGCCUUCCUUGGACCCACCAUCCUGGACCUGAGGUGUCAGACCCAGUCCACCCUGCAGCAGAUCACCUGGGUGUUCUUCACCCAGCAGUUCUUCCUGAUGGUGGGCAGCAGCAUGGGAGGACUCUUCAAGAGGACGUGAGUGCGGUUAGUGAGCACUGGGUGGGAUCUUU